AUGGUGGAGGGUGGUUAUACGUUGGCGAUCGGGGCCGAGCCCCACCGCCCCCCGAGAAACAGCCCAUACUGGGCUGUUGAUAACGGGCGGGCGGGAGACUCGGUUGCGAUUCGAUGGCGGUCGGUGCCGGGAGGGCCCGACACGGCCGCCAUUGAAAAAGGGGAACGGCACGUGGCCGUUCAAUGGGGGCCCAUCGCGGUCGUGGGGGUCUACUUGAGGCCCACCUGGCGCCUUCCUCUCUUCGACGACUGGCUCUCGGACAUCGGGCAGGCGCUCAUACGCCUGAGUCCGAGGCCGGUCCUCGUGGCCGGGGACUUCAAUUCGUGGCAUACGAAGUGGGGUUCCCGGCACACGAAUAGGAGGGGUAGGGCCCUGGAUGAGUGGGCGGCGGCGCAUGGUCUGGUCCUGGUCAACGAGGGCCGGACCUCCACCUGCGUGCGGACGCAGGGGGAGUCCAUCGUGGAUCUCACGUGGGCGACCCCCUCGUAG